AUGAGUGUAUGUACCUUAAGUGUACCAGUUUCCUCACUCUCUCCUGGCAGAAGAUGUAGCACUUUUAGUGGUGCUGGGAUUCUGGGAUGUGUUCCUAUUACGUCUAAUACAGAUGAAGAUGUGGUAGAGGGAAAGAUGGUGGCAGAAGGACUGGAUAAAGAGGCAAAAUUGCCCGCGAAAAAGAAAAGAAAGAAGGGUUUGCGAAUUAAGGGGAAAAGACGACGAAAGAAACUGAUCCUUGCAAAAAAGUUUAGUAAGGAUUUGGUAUCUGGGAGGCCAGUUGCAGAUGCCCCUGCUUUGUUGGCUUCCAAUGCCCCUGAGCAGGAUGAAGAAAGUCUUUUUGAGAGCAAUAUAGAAAAACAGAUCUAUUUACCUAGUACUAGAGCCAAGACCUCCAUCGUGUGGCACUUCUUUCAUGUUGACCCCCAGUACACCUGGCGGGCUAUUUGUAACCUCUGUGAAAAAAGUGUUAGCAGGGGUAAACCAGGUAGCCAUCUUGGGACAUCUACUCUUCAGCGACAUCUGCAGGCAAGGCAUUCACCUCACUGGACCAGGGCAAACAAAUUUGGAGUUACUAGUGGGGAGGAGGAUUUUACUUUGGAUGUACCUUUAUCUCCCUCUUCCGCGGGAAGCAGUGGAAGCUUUGAAUAUAUCCCUACUGAUCCAUUGGAUAAUAAUGGAAUGGGAAAGAAACGUGAUAAAUCAGUAUCUGAUGCCCUGAAGGCAGAAAGAGGGAGAUUUCUCAUCAAAAGUAACAUUGUCAAGCAUGCCUUAAUUCCUGGAACAAGAGCCAAGACAUCUGCAGUUUGGAAUUUUUUCUAUACUGAUCCUCAGCACAUCUCAAGAGCUGUCUGUAAUAUAUGUAAAAGAAGUGUGAGCCGGGGUAGGCCGGGUUCUCACUUAGGAACUUCGACACUUCAACGACACCUGCAGGCCACACAUCCCAUCCAUUGGGCAGUUGCCAACAAAGACAGUGGUGCAGUUGGAAAUGGAUUAGAUGAAGCUGAGACUGAGAGAAAUGAUCUCUUGAGUGAUACUUUGCCUGGAGAGAAGUCUACAGGCAGCCAGGAUGUAACAACUGAGGACCUUAGUGACUCUGAUUCAGAUGAACCUCCUGUAUUAGAGGUUGAAAAUAGAAGAUCUGAGAGUCCUAUUCCUGUUGCAGAGCAAGACACUCUAAUGCAUGCACAGGAACAAGAAACAACAUAUUGUGAAAAUUCAACCUCAAGUCAAAUAAGUCAAGCAAUUAUUCAAAUGAUUGUGGAAGAUAUGCAUCCUUACAACUAUUUCUCAACUCCAGCCUUUCAGAGGUUCAUGCAGAUUGUGGCCCCUGACUAUAGGUUACCAUCUGAAACUUACUUUUUCACUAAGGCUGUGCCUCAAUUAUAUGAUUGGGUCAGAGAAAAAAUUUUCUUAACUUUGGAGAAUGUUCAAAGCCAAAAGAUCCACCUGACUGUGGACAUAUGGACCCAUGACCCAUCCACUGACUAUUUCAUUGUGACUGUACACUGGGUCUCUUUGCAAACUACACCUUCUUCCAGUAAUGGCAGGAUCCCCAAUUUUAGAAAGUGGGCAGUUCUCUGUGUAACAGGUUUGGCCAAAGACUGUUUGAUAACCAACAUUUUACAAGAAUUAAGUGACCAGAUUGGUCUGUGGCUUUCUCCUAAUUUCCUCAUCCCUAGCUUCAUCGUUUCUGACAAUUCUUCUAAUGUAGUACAUGCAAUCAAAGAUGGUGGUUUUACCCAUGUGCCAUGCUUUCUGCAUUGUUUAAAUACAGUCAUUCAAGACUUUUUCUGUGAGCACAAAAGCAUUGAGAACAUGUUAGUGGCUGCUAGGAAAACCUGUCAUCAUUUUAGUCAUUCAGUCAAGGCCCGUCAGAUACUACAAGAAUUCCAAAAUGAUCACCAACUUCCAUGGAAAAAUUUGAAGCAGGAUGAAGCUGGCCAUUGGAUUUCUACCUUUUAUAUGUUAAAAUGGCUCUUGGAGCAUUGUUACUCAGUUCACCAUAGUCUUGGUAGAGCCAGUGGAGUUGUGCUCACCUCCCUUCAGUGGACUCUAAUGACGUAUGUUUGUGAUAUUCUUAAACCAUUUGAGGAGGCCACCCAGAAAGUGAGUGUGAAGACCACAGGAUUGAAUCAGGUGCUACCCCUAAUCUAUCAUCUACUCCUUUCCCUGCAGAAACUCAGAGAAGAUUUUCAAGUUAGAGGUAUUACUCAGGCCCUCAAUCUGGUAGACAGUUUAUCUCUGAAACUUGAAACUGAUACCCUAUUAAGUGCCAUGCUCAAAUCCAAGCCCUGUAUCUUGGCUGCCUUGUUAGACCCUUGCUUUAAAAACAGUUUGGAAGACUUUUUCCCUCAAGGUGCACAUUUGGAAACUUACAAGCAGAUCCUUGCAGAAGAAGUUUGUAACUAUAUGGAAUCUUCAUCAGAGGUCUGCCAUAUUGCAACUUCAGAAGCUUCUGGUUCCUCAGCCAUAGUAGGAGCUGAUUCAUUUACCUCAUCUAUAAGAGAAGGCACCUCCAGUUCAGGGUCUGUUGAUAGUUCAGCUGCAGAUAAUGUUGCCAUUGGAGGCAAAAGCUUCAUGUUUCCUUCUGCUAUGGCAGUAGUGGAUGAAUACUUCAAAGAGAAGUAUUCAGAGACCUCAGGAGGUGAUGACCCUUUGAUUUACUGGCAGAAGAAGGUGAGCGUAUGGCCAGCUUUGACCCAAGUUGCCAUUCAGUAUCUGAGCUGCCCCAUGUGUAGUUGGCAGUCUGAAUGUAUCUUUACUGCAAAUAGCCACUUUCAUCCAAAGCAGAUCAUGAGCCUGGACUUUGACAAUAUAGAACAGCUGAUGUUUCUGAAAAUGAACUUGAAAAAUGUUAACUAUGAUUAUUCUUCAUUGGUUCUGAGCUGGGAUCCUGAGAAUGAAGUUAUUCAAAGCAAUGAAAAAGAAAUAUUAUCUUAAUUUCUUUUUCCUUUCUCCAUUUAAAAUGGGCAACUUAUUGCUAUGUUACUGUGUCCUAAUUGCUAUAAUUGUUGUAUACAGUUAUACUAAUUAUUCUUUAUGCACAAUCUGGGGAAACCUGAAAACACAGAAAGGGCUGAAAAUUCCUCAGGGGUAAUAUAAUGUUGACAAAGUGAAGAUUAAAGAUUUCAUAGUAGUAACUCAGUGUAGCUGUCACUUGAAAUUUUGUUUAUACCAAUUGAGAGAAAAAAAGACUUUUUUAAUUAAAAAAAUAUAGUGCAGCAUUGAAAAGCCUUAAGCUAUUUCUGGCUGGUAGAUUGAACUAGUAAUUGGUUUUAAGUAAAAAUUUCUCUCAACCUGGGAGGUUUGAUUGCUCUGAAACCAAUGAAAUAGAGAAAAAGCAUACUAAACUGGUAUCUCUCCCCAUCACCACCAUUUUUCUAUUUCUUUAAAAACCCUGAUUCAUACUUACAGCUUGGCAAAAACAAAGUUCACAAAAUUGUUUUAUAUUUAGGAAUUCCUAAUUGCCUCCUCAUACUGGUCAGCGUUAUAAUUUCAACUUACUGAGUGUGAUAGAGUUGCCCUUUAUAUUUCAGAUUGGGUCUAUAUAGAGAGGAAACAUUAGAAAACAAUUAGGAAGAAAUUACUUUUAGUCUUUGAAUGCCCUUUUUAACUUUUAUUGUAAAAACAAAGAUUAGCUACUUUUAUAUUAUUUAUGGGUAAAUGACAAAAAGUUUACAGAAUUGAAAAAGAUUGAAUGGAAAUUGGAAUGAAAGCCCCAUGAGUAUACUGUGACAAACCAGUAUCCCUUUCCCACAGAAUGUUUCUCUGAAUUUAAGUGAUCUUAAAUGUCAUUUAAAAAUUAUACUGAAUGAUCCAUAAUACUGUAUUCUUAACUAUGAGAUUAUUUUGGCCUUAAUUCUUAUUUACAAAUAAGCAGUCAAUAUUUUCAUGUGUUAGGAAUCAUUGCCUCACUGGUAAAAUGAGAGAAUUGAUCUCAAUUGAUCUUGUCCCUUUCCACUCUGGAAGUAUGUUUUUGUGAUUGAGUGGGAGGCCAUAAAUGAUGACUUUUAGUAAAAGUCUAUUAAAAGUUUCAGACUGAAUAACUAA